AUGUGCGGCAAUCCGAAUACUCGUCUUCUCUCUCGGUUGGUCAUCGACUUUCUCAUCCUCCUGGGGAUCUUCGGCGUGGCCCUGGUGCUGCUGCCCCAAAAGCUUCCCACUGCCCAGCGGGGCUUUCACUGCAGCGACCUGAGUCUGCAGUACCCUUAUCACCAGCCUUGGCUGACCAAGGUCCAUCUCACCAUCGCAGUGGUGGUCCUCCCAGCGUCCUUCAUUCUCGUAGUCGAGAUGGUCAGAGCCGCCUUUGUGCCGGAAACAACGGAGCUGAAGCAGCGCUUUGUCUUCGUGGGAGCCCGAAUUCCUAGCUUCAUCAGCGAGUGCUACAAGACAGUGGGAGUGUAUCUAUUCGGCCUGGGUCUAGCCCUACUUGCGAUCCGGGUGACCAAGCACUCCACAGGGCGUUUGCGACCCUACUUCUUCGACGUCUGCCAGCCCACGUGGGGCGAGGAGGGCGAUGGCAAGUGCCUCGGGACUGCCGGGGGAAACUCUUCUUCCUACAUUGAGAAAUUCGACUGCACGGAGUUCGCGACUCCGGCUGAUCUAGUCUCCAUUGUGCGCCACUCCUUUCCCAGCGGAUUCGUGACCACCACCAUCUAUGCCAUGGUUUUUCUGAUAUUCUACGCCCAGGCUCGGAUGUUCGCCCCGUGGAUGCGGUUCCUCCGUGCCACUCUGCAGAUGGCUUGUGCGUCUCUAGCUCUUGGCGUCUGCUGGGAGCGCAUCUCAACAUACCAGAACCAUUUGUCAGAUGUAGCGGCGGGGGCUGCUCUCGGCGUGUUUCUGGCGUUCUUCGGUGCCGUCGUGGUGGCUGGCCUGUUUACGGAGGUGCGGGUGAAGCGGCGCCAGUGGCCCAGGAACGAACAGAUCUAUGGCUAUGCAGGGUACUAUAAUAGAGCUACAUAUGGAUACUGAAUGAACUUACCAAGCUUUUGCUA